AUGGGUUUGACUGCAGCAGAAGCAGCAGCAGCAGCAGCAGCAACAGCAGCAGCAGCAGCAGCAGGUGGCAGGGGCAAUAGCAGCAGCAAGUAUGUUAACCCCUAUCCUGCUGCGCCCUACACAGCUCUUGCUGCUGCUGCUGCUGCUGCUGUUGCUGCUGCUGUUCUCGGCGCUCCCGUGUGCCUUGUGCAGCACAUACAAGCCUCACCUGCCGCUCUGUUACAGCACAAACAGCAGCAGCAGCAGCAGCAGCAAGAGCAGCAGCAGCAGCAGCAGCAGCAGCAGCAGCAGCCCUGUGUGUUUCUCUUACGUGACCCCAAGCCCCUCUGCUGGGAUCGGGAUCGAGUUGUCUUCACAGCUGCGCAGCCGCCGCUCGUCUGUCUCGUUUCUAUCUGCUGCAGCAGCAACAUCAGCAGCAAGGGUAGCAACAGCAACAGCAGCAGCAGCAGCAGCAGCAGCAAAAAGGCCAAGCAGCAGCAGCAGCAGCAACAGCAGCAGCAGCAGCAGCAGCAAGAGCAGCAGCAAUAUGAGGAUCUGCUUGCUGCUGCUGAUGGCUCAACAAUAUAUGCAUUAAGCAGCAGAAGCAACUGCCCGUCUGCUGCUGCUGCUGCUGCUCAAGGGGCAUCUGCUGUUGCUGUAUGGAGGAUCAGCCGCGUGUUUGUGUCUCCGCUUUGGGAUUUGUUUAGGGGGGGGGCCCCCGUUGAUGAGGCUUUGCUGCUUUUCUUUAAGGGGCCUAAGUCAGCUACAGGAGAAGACGUGGCUGAGGUUCAUUCUCAUGGGGGUUUAGGGACGCUAGAGGUUUUGUUUAAUUUCUUUGAGUCGCUGCAGCUUCUUUCUGCUCCUGCUGCUGCUGCUGCUGCUGCUGCUGCUGCUCCUGCUGCUGCUGCUGCUGCUGCUGCUGCUGGGGUGUAUGAGGAGACAAAGACAGCAGCAGCAACUGACGAGACGCAGCUGAAGGACUUAAAAAAUAUUUAUAAACAAUUGGUGCAUGCAGACAGCAGCAAACUGCCUCUUGAUCUCAAUGAGCUGCUGCUGCAGCAGCAGCAGCAACAGCAGCAACAGCAGCAGAAGAAACGGAAACUGCAGCAGCAGCUGCAGCAGCAACAACAGCAAAAAUGCUGCUGCGCCGAACGACUCUUUGGCAUUCUUCUAAACAGAUUCGUCGCUCAAAAGCAGCAGCAGCAGCAGCAGCAGCAGCAGCAACAACAGCAGCAGCAACAGCAGCAGCAACAGCAGCAGGAGCAACAGCAACAGCAGCAGCACCAGGCUGUAGGCAAAGCAGCCUCAGCAGCAGCAGCAGCAACACCGUGCGUCUGCUACAGCAGCACGACUGCUGCUGUGGGGGGGCCCCCCACGGGGGCCCCCUUGGGGGCCCCCUGGGGGGCCCCCCAGGGGGCCCCCAGGGGGCCCCCCGUGAAUGCAUGCAUUCGACUGGCUCGGCCUGGAGAGUUUGCGCUGCGGUCUUUUCUAAACGGAAAGAAAACUGUGCAGCAGCUGCAUGCACUUGGAGCUGUACUGAAUGCAGGGGCCCCCGCGCAGGUAUCGCAUGCAGCUGGGAGGCUGGUGGGGGGCCCCCAGCAGCGGGGGCCCCUAAAGAAGUGGCAGAGGGUACUGGGGGGGGCCCUUUGUGCUGUUGAAGCAGCACUAACUAUAGGGAAGAGCAGUUUAUACAAUUUGCUGCUGCAGCGAGAAGCAGCAAUUGUAUCAGCAGCAGCAGGAACGACGCGGGACCUCCUCAGCAGCAGCAUCUGCUGCAGCAGCAGCAGCAAGGGUUUAUUCAAGCUGCAGCUAACAGACAGUGCAGGACUCAGAUCUGCUGCUGCUCCUGCUGCUGCUGCUGCUGCUGCUCCUGCUGCUGCUGCUGCUGCUGCUGCUGCUGAGAAGGUGAGCCCCAUUGAAAUAGAAGGAAUGAAGCGGGCUCUAGCAGCAGCACGAGAGAGCGAUCUGCUGCUGCUGCUGUUGGCAGCACAGCCGCAGCAGCAGCAGCAACAGCAGCAGCAGCAGCAGCAGCAGCAGGAAGAGGCGCAGCUGCAGCAACUGCAGCAGCAGCUGCAGCAGCUAGGAGAGGCCCUGAAGGAUGUCUUCAGCAGCAAAAACAAAAAACCCCACAUCCUCAUCGUCGUCAACAAAAUGGAUUUGCUGCUGCCCAGCCAGCAGCAACCAUCCAGCAGCAGCAGCAGCAGCAGCAGCAGCAACAGCAGCAGCAGCAGCAACAGCAGCAGCAGCAGCAGCAGCAGCAGUGAAUGUAGCAGUAUGCCUGGAAGCGUCAGCGGAGAUCAUUCUAGUGGCAAUUUCAACCAGCAGCAGCAGCAGCAGCAGCAGCAGGAGCAGCAGCAGCAGGAGCAGCAGCAGCAGCAGCAGCAGCAGCAGCAGCAGCAGCAGGAGUCAGCAGCAGCAGCAGCAGGGAGUUUGCUGCAGCGCUUAGAUAUGAGUUUAGAUAAGUUGCUGCCUCCUUCUGUUGUUCCUUUUGUUUUAUCUUUUGGUGUUUCUGCUGCUGCUGCUGCUGCUGCUGAUGGCUUGCUGCUGCGGCUGCUUCCUAUCUCCUGCCGCAACAAACUCAACAUGCAGCAGCUGCUGCUGACGCUGCAAUCGAUCAGCAGCAGCAGCAGCAGCAGCAGCAACAGCAGCAGCAGCAGCAGCAGCAGCAGCGGGGGAGAGGCUUUAUUUUGUUUACAAAGCGAACGCGUGCUGCUGCAGCAGCUGCAGCAAACCCUAAUUCAUUAUAUGGGGAUAGAAGAAGAGGCCCUGGAGGAGAAAGCUGAGGACCUCAGGUUCGCGCUGCGCCUGCUGGAGAAGUUGACAGGUAUAGAGUGGCAGCCACAAGAGGCCAUCAGUAUAAUUCAGAAAAAUUUUUGCCUCGGCAAGUAG